UUGAACACCAAAGAAGAAGAAGCUGGUCUUUCACUUUGUUGGUGUUGUCCUCAGCAGUUCUGCAGGUGGACUGUCUCAGAUUUUACUUUGGAGACAAAGACAGAAAUACUAAAACACUGGGAGCAAAGCGAGAGCGACUGCGGACACACACAGAGUGAUCGCCGGGGAGACAUAGAGGGACAGUGUCCACAGUGAGGGACAGGGAGACAGCAGCAGACAUGAGUGAAGCCACUGUGGACACGAGCACCAUCUGCCUCUUCGAUGUGGACGGCACGCUCACCGCCGCGAGACAGCGUGUGACUCCACACAUGGCAGAGUUCCUUGACAAGCUGAGGACUCGGGUUCGAGUCGGCGUGGUGGGAGGGUCGGAUCUCAGCAAGAUCAAAGAGCAGCUGGGAGAUGACGUGAUCCAAAAAGUGGACUACGUGUUUGCUGAGAACGGCCUUGUGGCCUACAAGAACGGAGAGUUACUCUCUGUCCAGUCCAUCCAGGCCCACAUGGGAGAAGAGCUCCUCCAGGAUUUCAUUAACUUCUGUCUCAACUACAUGGCCAAGAUCAAACUGCCCAAGAAGAGGGGGACAUUUAUUGAAUUCCGUAACGGCAUGUUGAACGUCUCCCCAAUCGGACGCAGCUGUUCACAGGAGGAGAGGAACGAGUUCUACGAGCUCGAUAAGAGAGAGAAAAUCCGAGAGAAGUUUGUGUCCGUAUUAAGGGAAGAGUUCAAAGGAAAAGGAUUAUCGUUUUCAAUUGGAGGGCAGAUCAGCUUUGACGUGUUUCCUGACGGUUGGGACAAGAGAUACUGUCUGCGGUUCAUUGAGGAGGACAAAUACUCAACCAUUCACUUCUUUGGAGACAAGACUAAACCUGGAGGAAACGACUACGAGAUCUACAGCGACGCUCGGACCAUCGGCCACGAAGUCGCCUGUCCAGAGGAAACUGAGCAACAAUGUCAGCAGCUUUUCUUCUCAUGAUCAUCAUCUUAUCUUGGGAUUUAAUUACUGAAAUGAUCUAAUUCAGAAAGAGCCAGCAUUAUGGCGCCUUUGGUAAAUUCAAGGAAGAAGAGGGAAGACUUAGCAGAGAGAUUUCUGGGUUUUUUUGGGGGGUUUGUAUGAGAGCGGUCCUGCCUUUAAAUGUGAUGAACUGCGUGAGUAAAAGUAAUGGUUUAAAAUGUAUUGUUUAAUUUUCUAAAUGAGACUCCGGUUUGCAUUUUCAACAUUACCUCAAAAGGAAAACGUUGAGCCAACAAAAAUGGCAGAGACCAUAGAGAGGGGAAGUCCCUCCCCCUUCCGGUGUCUCUCGUUGGACCUUAAUUUGGAAAAGUAACAUGAGCGAUCAUUUUUGGUCUCAUUUUAAUUGUGCCAUGAAUCACACUUAUAAUUUGUUUACACUUUUGCAUAUUAAAUUAAUCCUUGUUUUAAAGUAAAAUUUAGUUUUGUGUCUCGCCCGAUAUACGUCACCAACAGCAUUAAGUUGUUCCACACCCAAAUGUAACUUUAUCUUUCUUGAUGUGAUUCAUCCAUUAACUCCUGGUCUGUUUCCCAGCUGCACGAUAAACCACAGUAAAAUGUGCAACGGUUCAUAUUAUACUGUCAAGUUUAAUUACGGCUGCACUUUGCAAAAAAAAUUCAUGAUAAUUACUGUGCAGCAUCAACCACAUUCAGCAACAGUCUCUCAGCUGCAGGUGUGGCAUGAAACGUGUUUUUUUUUGUUUGUCUGGUAUGUUGUUUACAGAGUGGGUGUGCAGCAGGCCACACCAGCGAUGCUACUGGUCUAUUGUCCACGUGUACAGGGACAACAAGUGUGUCUGUUUUUAUCGUUAACUUGUCUACUCAUGCGAGUAGAUCCACUACGAAACACACAGGCAGUGAAGCUUCAGUCAGCGAGAAAGUUACGACAUCACAUGCACAACUUUUGGGUCUCUGAUGACGUAUUUUCACAGUCUUAUUUUUUAACAGUUUUACAACAAGCGGCAACUUUCUUGACUUGCAAAUUUAUCUUUUAAAUUGACAUAUAAUAAGUGUAACUCAUGGCACAAUUCGGACAGGAUCAAAAAUUAAUUUGUCUCUGUUAAUCAGCUCCGUGGUGGUCCACCACAUGUAAUUCUGUAAUCAUGUUUUUGAUUGUGAAAACAAAAUUCAACUAGAAAUCUGUUUGUUUUUGGCCCAAAAUAGCUUGGAUUUGUCAUUUUACGCACUGCAUCUCGAUGCCACUGUACUCUGAACGUGCUUUAAACUGAACUCCAACUCCCAUGUGACCCGCUGUGCCUCUGACGAGCUGCUUCAGGGACUCAAACACAGACGACUCUUUGACUGUCUUCAGUCGGGGUUUUGUAGUGUUCUGCGGUUAGUGGAGGCUUUGAGGAAAGCCUCCACUGGUCGUAUGACUUGAAUGCUGCUUUUCUUUUCCCAGAGCAAAUUUUGCCGGGACCAUGAUGUCUUCCUCAUUUAAUUUUCUGAUGAAGUCUGUGCAGGUUUCUUUGUUCAGUCGUGUUUAACUUCACUGAUGCAUUUUAUAUGAACAAACUGGAACCACAGUACUGAUAACCUGCUGUGUGCCAUCAGACCAGUUAUAGAGCAGCGCAUAUAGUGUCAUGGCUGUCAGUAGCAAAAUGUACAUUUUUACAUGGAGAUAUCAGCAAUUAGUGUAUUAAUAUUUUAUUAUGGCCCCUAUGGUACCUCAUAGAAAUGUGUGAGAAUUAAUCUGAAAAAUACAGUUUCUAAAAUGCGUGAUGGCACUUGAACUUGAA